GCGUUGCCUUCUUGGCCCCCGAGUACUUAACUCGAACGUCGAGAGUUCAGAGUUGAACAAUCUGGAGGAGGAGCAGGAAGAUUCUUGUACGGACAUGGCUUCCUCAGCCGCUAUAGAAGGCGCCACACCGGCAUCCGCGGCGCUCAAGUCUGUGCUUGAGCGCGUUCAGCUAGCCGCCGAACGCUCCGGUCGUGUACCUCAGCAGAUCCGAGUCGUAGCUGUUAGCAAAACAAAGCCGGUUCCCGUCAUUCGUCAAGUCUAUGAUGCUGGCCAUCGAUAUUUUGGCGAGAAUUACGUUCAGGAACUCGUUGAGAAAGCUCCUCAGCUUCCGGAGGACAUUGAGUGGCAUUUCAUCGGAAAUUUGCAAAGCAACAAAGUGAAACCACUGCUGUCUGGCGUUCCAAACCUCGCAGUCGUAGAGACUGUGGAUGAUGAAAAGAUUGCUAACCGUUUGGAUCGGAUGGUUGAAAGUAUUGGGAGGAAGCCUCUUAAGGUGUUUAUCCAAGUGAAUACAAGUGGAGAAGAAUCAAAAUCAGGCGUUGAGCCCUCAGGGUGUGUGGAGCUCGCUAAACAUGUUAGUUUGAACUGCCCAAAUCUUCAAUUUUCCGGGCUAAUGACAAUUGGAAUGUUAGAUUAUACGUCCACACCAGAAAACUUCAAGUUAUUGGCCAACUGUAGAACGGAAGUUUGCAAAGCACUCGAAAUAUCAGAAGAACAAUGUGAGCUAUCAAUGGGAAUGUCAGCAGACUUCGAACUAGCUGUUGAAAUGGGAAGUACAAAUGUGAGGGUUGGAUCAACAAUAUUUGGAGCGAGGGAAUACCUCAAGAAAAAGUGAAUUUUGAAUACUAGAGAUCUAUGAGCUUCAUUUUGAUGAUGAUAGAUUCGGGAAGGACAUGACUAAUAUACGGUGUUUAUUUGUAAUGUAUGUCAGUGUGUGUAUGAAUGAUAGUAUCUUCACACAGAAUAAAUAACUGCACUUGUAUUGUACUUGAUAGAUAAAGAAGGAAUUUUCAGCAAAGCACAUACCUUGCAGAAUAAUCCAAAGAUUGGGAAUAUGAUAUCAUCGUCCACAACAACUUCUGCAUGACUACGAAUCAAACUGAUCCACUGCAAUUUAACCACAGAACAAGAUAACUCCACUCAUCAUGGUUGUUUAGAAUUCAACUAAUAGGCAUUUACGCCCAAGAGAGUGGAUACUCUAUUGUCUAGUACAUCUUAACUGUUUUAUCAAGCAAUAAAGAGAUCAUACUUAUGUCA